CAGAUAAAAUAAGUGGUCACGUUUCGCAUGUAGUCAGCUCCUUAAUCUUCAGAUGCCAUCCUUUGUUUUGCAUUUGUAAAAGCAUCAUCUUUUUACUAUUAAUUCAUAAUGUACCUGGCAUCUUAUUAAAUGUCAAAGACUAAGAUGAAUCCUGACUCGUCUGUACUUUAUGGAUGGAGUUUGGCUGGCUGUUAAAUUGCAUUGGUAGAUGCAAGGAGAACAGUACAAUAGGAGAUCAGUUUUGUACCUUUAUUCCUUCUAAUGAUGACGACCACGGAUCUCUGAGGCACGGCAUGAUAUGCACAACGUAGCAGACCAAAUGAGAGGAGACAAACACUGAGAUUAUAGUUGGGAACUCUGGUAUACACUGUUUGGACAGUGGACUCCCUAUCUAUCAAUGAUAAUUCCAGAGAAACAUCUGUGUUUACAUUUGACGAUGACUAUUUCUCAGAGUUACUCAGAAUGAUCCAGAAUCAGACAAAGGUAAGAAAUCUCCUCCAGCUGAGUGAUGGUCUCCACGUCCUUCUGAUGUUGCUCCUCAUGUUCAGCCAGAGUGACCUGAGAGAACAACAGUUAAAGAUCAGUGACUUUAUUUACUUCACACACAUUCAGACACUUUUAAUUACUGACUCAUUACUCAGGAGAAUAUUUUAAAGUCUGAAAAAGACAAUGUCUUUAAAAUGUGAGGAAAUAAGCAGGUAUAACAGUCAUAGUUUAGUGAAAAGCAAUGUUUACCUUCAUUAACUCCUCCUGGUCAAUCAGAGUCCUCUUCAUCUCAAUGUUCUCCUCUUCCAGGUGAGUGAUGGACUCGUUGAUCUCAGCCUGGUGGAUGCUGUGAGCCUCUUGCUCUUGCUUGUACUCCUAAAACACACAUUGAAAAGUUUUUCAAACUCAAUCGCUUUCAAAUGUUCAAUGGUCCACUUCUAUGAAUAUCUUGAAAAUACGAUGUUCAUUUUAGUGAAAUGAGUCUCAGCAUGCAGCAUAAACAGCUGGUCACACUGCCUCUGAGUCUCAGACAGCAGGUUUCAUGUGUCCUGCACUGUUCUUCACAGGAUUGAUGGAUUUAUUUACUUCUACUCACACAUUCAGACACCUUUACAAACUAACUGUUCACUCCUGAGAAUAUGUACUGGGGAAAGAGUAACACACACACAGAGUUCACAAGAACAAUUGGAAAUGUUUACCUUCAGUAACUCACACAUGGGGCAAGAGAGGUUUAAACUUGAGGGCAAAUGACAAAAAAAAGAACAUUUAGUGUGUUUUUUGUUUGAAGUUCAAAGUUCAAAUUCUUUAUUUGUCCCCCAAUGGGGCAAUUCGUUGUGCAACAGAUAGUAUAACAAAUCACACACAAUCACUCACACAAUACCAAUACAAAAAUUGCCUACCAUGCAGGCAUAGUUAAAAUAAUAAAAACAAUAAACAAUCAAUAAAUAGUGAAAUUAUCUAUGGUUCUUUAUAGAAUUGAAAAGCAGAAUGGCUGCAGAUGGCAACAUUAUAAGGGAUAUAAAUUAUCUGACAGGAUAGAUUCAACCCUUCUUAACAUAUGCUUCUGAUAAAGUUCUUCCAGACCUUUCUGCAUAGAACCUGUGAUGCUGCUGCUCACCUUAAUUAACCUUGAAAGGGAGUCUUUUUAUUUUACAGUAAUGGAUCCAUACCAGCAGAUUAAGGAGAAGGUAACAACUGACUCAACAAAAGACCUGUAAAAAAGGGUCAACAGGAUCUUAUCCACAUUAAACUUUACCAGAUUCCUCAAGGAAUACAGGCAUUGCUAGCCUCUUGCAAAGCAAACUGGUAUUUGAGUCAAAACACAGCUUAUCAUCAAUAAUGGAUCCUAGGAAUUCCAACAUUAUGGAUUUCAGAAACACUAACAAACACUAGAAAUCUGCCUCUGUGUGUGUAUAUUUACCUCAUUAUAUCUUGGACCUAUAUAUCCCUGGUGUGUGAUUUCCCCUUACAGUAUUCUCAGUAAAUACACCUGAUUUAUUCUUUAACUCUGCCUUAAAUAUUUCUCUCUAUGUGAUAAUGAUGGUAUUGCACAUCUUAACACACCUUCCACCAGCUGAAGCACCUGAUUAUGAUUCAGUGUGAACCGUGUUUCUGUAAACCUCAUAAAUACAAAAAAAAGAUGAUAAUAAUGAGUUAUAAAUGUGUGCUUUAUUCAUACCUGCAAACUCACAAGAGGUGAAAAAGGUGACAUGGUUCGAAAUACACACACACCCCCCCGGAAGAAAAAUUGAGAACUUAAAAUGAAGCACUCUGACAAGAACAUAAAGGGAAAAUACAUUUGCGUCAAGUGAAAAAAGCACUUUUAUUAAUCCUAUUUUUACCAAAAUUUCUUGGAAAUAAUUUUUCUCUGUACAAUUUGAGUGCCUUGGAACCUUAAUAAAUUGGUGAACUCAAAUGCUAUUUCUUUUGUUUUUUGGCCGCCACAAGCCUUUCAAGUGCCCGUUUUCGUUGUUUAGCAAUGUGUCUCUUUAUUGCUUUUUGUUCGUCCUCUGCGGCUUGAAGUGAGGGACAAAAUAGGUGAUUGCCUUAUCUUGCUUCUGAAUGCUGAUUGGUCAAAAAAAAAAGGAUGAUUGAGACGUGAGGCAUCAUCUGCUUACUAGUGCUUCACACUCCAGUCCAGUUGGUGGCGGUGAAUGCACCAAAAGUUGGUUUGCCAUCCGCCAUAAAAAGUCAUUAGAAGUAGAGACGCGAGGCAUCAGCUUGAUAGAUGGUAUACUACACUGCGUCCAAAACCGCCGCCUAAGCACUACUUCGCCUAAUUAUUGGAUGGAAGUAAGCGGUUUCGGACGCAGCUGAAAGAAGGCUCCCCCAAACUAAAAACUCUUCGGAUCUACACGAUUCACACAAAUGACAUAUUUUGAUUAAAAACGGCGAAUUUCACCAAAAAGCGACUAGUUUGCAGGUAUGCUUAUUUGUGCAGAGGAUAAAACAGACUGAAGAAAAAGCUUAGUCUUGUUACACACAAUAUCAGAUUGCUUUAAGUACUGUGUAGGUAAAAUGAAGCAUUCUGCAAAGUAAAGCUAAUGUCAUGGAGAGACGCUUUAAUUUGUCUUCUGAGUCUCGGCUGGGUUUUUAAUUUUGAUGAUCUGCUGCACCCAGUCAACCUCAGGGUCUGCACAUAUGCGAUAACCCCUCUUUGUGGUCAAACUGCAGGAAAGAAGAUUCAGGUUAGUGUAAAACUGUGAAAAUAAAUAAAAUGAAUCAAAAGCAGGGUUAAAAACGUACAUGAUUCCAGGAACUUCAGAGGCAACUACGUAAGAGUGGCAUUGAAAAUAAAGAACCUUGAAUAAUGAGGAAUAAAGGGAACAAAGAGUUCAUGGUGUUGACUCCAAACUCCCCAGAUUUCAAUCUGAUCGAGUGUCUGUAGGAUGUGCUGGACAAACACAAUUCUUGCUUACAGUAUGUAUUUACUUUUACUGAUUUUUUUUAAGGAUGUUUUUCCUUUGGAAGCACUUUUUAAUUAAUUAAGUAAUUGAAACUAAACCCAGCACGAUAGGUUUCCUGAAGGGGUGGGGGAUGAAUCAGCAUUUUCUACAGAUAACAAAUGGGCUAUAAAACUGCAACAUGAGCGCGUACUGUGUGGACAUUACCAGUAGACGCAGGAUGAUCACCAUGAAAGUAAAAUCAAGACGUUUUACACUUUAGGACAUUUCUCCAGAAACCUCCACACUUCUGAAAAUAUGAAGAUUCACAAGGAGUAGGAGAAAGGAAACAAGAAUGGGGAACCAGGAAGGAAAGUUAACUAUUCACAAUAAAACUCAGUACAAAUGGACCGCCUGCAUGGAGACUCAGGAGCCAUGGCCAUUUCCUGACACAUAUUUAACAUUCACAGUUGGAGGCUAUGGAAGACAGGAUGUAAAUUUAAUUGCACCCAUCGCCUUCUUGGGCACAUACUACAUCAAAGUGAAGUAUGGCGAGUGCUCAGAGAUAGAAUGCUACAAAAAUCCAGAUUUGUGGUACAUGUUUGAUCCAAAUGGUGAUUCAUAUUUCACAAUUCGAGAGAGUGGAGACCACAAGCAAAUACAUCUGGACUGCAAUAGACAUUAUGAGAAGAAAAAACCAACAUGCCCAAAUUAUGGGAAAAUUGAAGAUGAUGCACGAGAGGAAGAGGAACGAAGAGAAAGAGAGAAGCAGAGGAGACAGGCCCAGCUUGAACAUGAAAAAAGAAUUGAGGAACAGAUUCGAAGGGAAAGUGAGCUUGCUGCUGAGAAGCUUUCACGAGCCAGAGAGACGCUGAAGGAGAAACAGAGGCUGAGAGGCCAUGAGCUCCAUCACCAAACUCACGUAAUGCAACAGCCUCUGGAGGCUGAAAUUGAAAUAGAUGAGGUUUCAGAAAUAGAGAAGAAAUUCUCAGACCUCCUGUGUGAAUAUCAAAUAACUGAUGAGGAAGACUCAGAGGAGACAUUAGAAGACAGGAUGAAAACCCUACAAAAUGAGUUAAUGGUGGAGUACUGUAAGAAACACAACCUGACCAGUAGCUGUGUGUUUUCUUUCGACACUGCAGUUGGUUAUGAGACUUUGCCUCUACAUGAUAGACUGACAGUGCUUGAGACAGUACUGCAGUUAGUUUUUGAGGAGGACGAAAACGACCACACACAUAAGCAUGAUCGGGAUUUCCUCUUGGAUGUGCUCGAACUGUUGCAAGACGAUCAUCCAUCACUCGCGUUUAAUCUUUUACAGAAUGUUCUUCAAACUGAUAUGCAACUUUCUACACAGAGUAAAGAAAUUCUGUGUCACAUUGCGUUCAACAACACAUGGAAACUAGCAGAAAUAACAGAUUUCAUGCGUUAUGUUGUCAGGAAUGACAAAGACCAAGUGCAGGCAAUACUUCACAUUGCACAGACCUACAAGUUGGAGUAUGGGAAUGUCCUCAAUGCUUUAGAUAAAUCUGAUCCCCUCAGAUGGCUGAAAGGGUAUGUUGACACAGAGAGACAAAACAAUGCUGAUACUAUUAUUAGUGAAAUGCGCAACUCAAACUACCCUGAGAAUGUCCUGACAAUACUAGAGGAUGUUCUGGUAUAUCUGGAAAGAGAGCUUCCAAAAUGCAAAAGAACUCAUCUCCAUAAAAAUGACAUUCAGAGUGUAAAGAAAAUGGUUAAAGAACUGGAUUUUACCAACCCAGACAGACAAGUUCUCAAAAGUGUACUAGUGCAAAUGUCACUCGCAGUAAAAAUGUGCUCUGCUGUCACUAUUCAAAAGGGUAAAGAGGAAAAAGUCAUUGAAGGAUAUCUUCCCAGAUUAACCCAAAUUGCAGCCCUGGUGGUUUUCCUGCUUCGAAAAUCAAAAACCAACACAGGUUGUCUUCUUGAAAUUGGGACAGGUGAAGGGAAAUCUUGUAUAUUAGCCAUGCUUGCUGUGAUCCAUGCCAUGCGUGGUGUGAAGGUGGACAUUGUGACCAGCUCUCCGGUACUCGCCCGUCGUGAUUUAGAGGAAUGGAGCAAACUUUACAAGAUGUUCGACAUAACUUCAUCUGCUGUUCCUCCAGUGCUGAAUGAUGUCUCAUCUGAAGAACUAGAGGAACUGACUCAGGGAGCAUACAAACAAGAUGUAGUGUAUAGUACUGUUGGAACAUUUGCAGCAGAUACACUGAAACAAGAGUUUGAGAAGAAAACAACUCGAGGAGACAGGAGGUUUGAGAUGGUCCUUGUGGAUGAGGUUGACUACAUGACCUUGGAUAACGGAGUUCAAAUAACAUUUCUGUCCCAUGAGUCCAGUGGACUCCAACAUUUGGAACAAGUCCUAGCAAGCAUCUGGGCCAUAAUAUCGGCAUGUCGCCCAAUUGAGGUAGAAAAAACUGAAGAGACCAUGUGGGCAACAAGAGUCCAGAGUUUUCACACAGCUGCCCUGAUAGCAAUGAUUGGUUCAGAUAAAAAUGAUAAAUUUUCACCACUGGAAAUUCUGUUGCCAGGCAUUGAAUUAGGCUUUUACUCAGAGGAAGAUUUUGAAAAUUUGAAGGAAUCUAUUAAUGAAGAAGGAGAAAAGGAACAAGGAGACAUUGAAAAUGAGGCAUGGAAGACCAUCAUGGCCAAAACAGGAAUAGAACAACAAUAUGAUCUGCUCAAUGUUCUUGAGAUGGGGAUGGAGGACAAGGUGGCAUUUAACUGUUAUAGUUAUCAGCCAGAAACAAGAAAAGUGACUCAGUUUAGAGAGAAAAAGACAAAAACUGACCAAAACAUCAACAUGCUGCUACUUGAGAAUGGAAAAGCUUGUGAGAUCCUGUCUGAAAAUGUGCUCAUUGAAGCCACUGUUAGCCAGUUGAAAUCCAAAAUUAAAUACUCUCGACAAUGUAGUUCAGAAGAAGAUAAAGAAUCACUUGUAAUCCCUUCUUUCUUAGAGAAAUACCUGGAAAAUCAGCUGCCACUGUUUGUUGAGAAUGCACUGAAGGCCAUUCAGAUGACCAAAGGCAGAGAAUACAUGAUUGAGAGAUCUCUAAAAGCUCAGGGAUUAGAUGUUGAUGAAGAUGAUCAACACCUGUACCAUGCAAUAAUCCCAGUGGACUUUCAGGCUAGUGGAAUGCUGGAGAAAAGAAAACGGUGGGGUGACGGACUACAACAAUUUCUGGAGAUGAAGCAUCAACUAACUUUAUCUCCAUUAUCAAAUGUGACAAACUACAUGUCAAAUUCAAAUUUCUUUAAAAGAUAUCUCAUGGGGAAAGGGAUAUUUGGUGUUUCUGGAACACUAGGCGGAGAUGCAGACAAGGGUUUCCUGGCAAGACAUUACAAAACGGAUAGCUAUGUCAUACCACCUCAUCAACGUCAGAAGGUUACUGAGCUGCCUGCAGUACAAGUGGGGGGAGGUACUGACCAGUGGAUCCAAACUAUUUGUGCCACAGUCUCAAAAGUCUCUAAACGAGGACAGGUGGUGUUAGUCGUGUGUGAGGACGUCAACACAGCAAAUGUGCUCAAUGACAAAAUUGCAGCAGAAACUAAACAUUCAGUUACCAUGUACACGAUGAGCGAGCGCCACAACAUUGAGAACCAGGAGUUCGGCAAGGGACGGAUCAUUAUUACCACUAACCUUGGAGGACGUGGGACAGACAUUAAGGUCACAGAAGAGGUUAACCGCUGCGGUGGUCUCUUUGUGCUACUCACAUACUUCACCAAUAACCGAAGAGUCGAGAAACAAGUGUUUGGACGAACAGGUCGAAAAGGCACCCCAGGGAUGGUCCAGGUAAUACUGAACCAUGAUCGUCUGGCCAUGGCCUACCGAGGCCAUUCUAUUGAAGUCAUGAGGGAACUGAGAGAAGAAUAUGAAGUUAAUCGAAUAAAAGAAAUGGAGAAGGAGAAACUAGCUGAAAUUGAAAUGAAGGAAGAGCUGUUCUCUACAUUUUGUCAGUUCCUUAGUGACUUUGACCAGCAUUAUAGUACAGUACAGAAGAUAGACAUUUUUGAAGUGAAAAUAAAAGAUGUCCAUUGUUACUUUGAAUCUUUUCACGAUAAGAUGGACUAUCACCCAGCACUGAAUGCUUUGAAGGAAUCAUGGGGUAUAUGGCUGAUACUUCAUACAGACCAGAUUAACAUACACAGUGACCUUACACACCUGAAAGAAGACUUAAUCCAGAACUUGCAGGACACAAGUAACAAACUUUUACAAGGUCACAGUGAAAACGUUUAUGACCACAUACAGCAGGCUUUAGGAAGAACUGCCUUGCACCAUCAAAACAAAAAUAAAUGUGACUAUGGAGCGAAAACUUACUGGAAAAAAGCCUCUGACUCAGACAACUACUACAGAGCUGUUGCACUGUAUAAUCAGGCCUACAUUACCAUUAAUUUGGCCAAAAAGGGCUACAAAAGUGAGGCAUGUUCCUUACUCAAGGAAGCAGAGAAAACCUUAGAUGUUUACAUAUCUGAAACAAGCAGAACAUUGAGCUUCUGUUCUUUGUCUGUUACUCGAGAUUUUGAACCACACCACAGUGGCAGCUGUAACUUACAAAUACAAAUGCAGGCAAGGAUGAACUUAUUUAACUCAUGGAAACAAAAUAUCAAAAAUUCACUUGACAUGCUUGGAUCAGGCAGUGGAGACUUCGAAACUGUGGACUUGACUCUUUAUAGUUUAUCAAAUGAGGAGGAUUUUGUGUCUUCUAGUGAACUCGGCCUCUUUCGUAAUUAUGGCCUUGCAGUUGUGUUUGAGGUGAAACAAAAGCCCAAAUUCUCAUUUGAUGCCCUGAUUUGUUGUUUUCUUGGUGUGGUUCAGGUUGUAGCAGGGGUUCUGGUGUGCACUCUGUCACUUGGUUCCAUGUCCUCAUUUGGUCUUGGCUUGAUCUCAGAAGGCGUGUCUGAUAUGAUCAAUGGAGUCAUGGGUAUGAUAAAUGGCACAUUUGAUUGGGCAUCGUGGGCGAUAUCUAAAGCAAUAAGUAUAGGAAUCUCUUUGGUCUGUGGGGGAUUCAGUGUUCUCAAAAGAUCAUUCUCUGCUGUGAAAAAUGCUGCAAGUAAUAUUCUCAAUGGCACCACAUCCCUAAAAAGUGUUGCAUGUAAUGCCCUGAAAUCAGGUAAAAACAUGUUUGUUUCAGCAUGUAAAUCCACCAAAUCAAUGGUGUCAUCAAUGAAAAAUCUCACAUGGACUGCAGUCAAACCAACUUUGAAACAUUCCUCUAAAUAUGCUGUUCAGGAAUUGGCAAUUCAAGGAGUAAACACUGCUUUGAACACAGGCAUCGAUGUUGCACUCCAAAAGACAUUCCAUCAAGUAUUUCUAAAUACUUUUAAGGAAUCUGUAUGUUCAAAAUUACAUGAAAAUAAAGAGUUUGUUCGAGCACUCACAGAUUUCAUCAGCUCAGGAAUUCCAAAGGCUGCCUUGCAGAAAAGGUCUGGUUCUUACAGGAUUAGCGAAACCCUAAAAAACAAAAUGACUGACUACAUGGAUGUCAAAACAAAGAGUGUUAUAUAUGAUCUCUUGGUAAACUGUAAACAUAUACAUCAGGUGAUUAACAUACUCUCACAGGUAUGGGACAAAUCAGCAGAGCAUGUUGCACACCGACCUCAUACCAAUAUUUUUCUGACUGCUGCAAGCAUGUCCACUAGCGGUUAUGAAAUGUACUACUCCAUUCCUACUAAACGGACCAUUGACUGUAAUUUUGUUCCUGCACUUUUGAAGUCUAUGCAUGAGGAAGCUUUAUUUAAGACAUAUGACAAUGAUGGAAGGGAUAAACUGGAAGAUGUCGAACGUCUUAAAAUUCAUUUCAUUGAUAAAAUUUCUGAAGUUUUUUCCCAAAUCAUGGUGGAGAAAUUUUCUGGGUCUGCCACCUCCUUGUUUACAAAAACAUUUACUCGACAACUAAACUCUGCUACUGGAAAAGUAGUUGGUAAUUUACUGGGGAGGCAUGAAACCCAAAGAUUCUUUGACAGUCAGCAUCAUCAUCGUGAUCUGAAAUCUAUAACCGAAUGCAAGGAAAGAUCUGUGAAUGAAGAAGAACUGAAUCAGCUCACAUGUUUUGCUACUAAAAUAACUGAUGAACAAAAGCCAGCAACAGCUUUAGAAGUUCUUGUUCUUACAAAAAGUAACUUGCUGGAUGGAAAAGGAAUUUGCUUAAGUGUAGUAGAUCAUAAAGGAAACCUUCUUACAUAUGAGAAUUACCCAGGAACUGACCCAGCAGCUGGUAAUAUCAAUCUUGUGCUGACAAAAACACCUCAGACUUCUCCAGGAUCAAGAGGAAUAUUGAGUAAUCUGAAUGACAAGGUUAUGGGUAAAGACACACCACAAAGUGGCCACAUUUCUAUCAUACGCCCUGAUGGUUCACGAGAAACUGUGAACUCUUCCAAUCAGAACUGUCUGUAUCAUGCAAUCAUCCAAGCAACAACUAAUGACCCAAAAGUUGAUUUAAACCAAAAAGCUGUAGAACUCCGCCACAAACUUCAACAUGAGCAGAUCUGUUCCAGGGGGAAAAAAUGGCAAUUCAACAACAACCAUGACACAGAGACACUGUCAGGAAUGAUUCUUGCAAAUCCGUAUAAAUAUGCAAAAGCUGUGAAGAUCCAGAUCAAAUUCGACCGCACAAACAGCUCCAAUAAAUUUAAAAUUGAGGCUGGAUUGAAAGAAGAGGAUGAGAAGGCAUAUAAAGCAUAUAAGGAAAACAAGGAUGAAAUUACAAUUAUUGAUGAAUACAAGUUGGGAGAAGUGGAUACAUACGGAAAACUUUCAGCUAAAAAGAAACCCACCCCUGGAGUGGUCGAGGCAGACCACAUUCCACCAAAGAAUAGUUUAUGGGAACUCCGUAACAUUCUCAUCAAUGGUGUAGAAAAGAGGGAGUCAUUGGAACAAAAGAAUAAGGCACUCUAUGACUUAGUGAUGAACAAUAAGGAUAACAACGAGAUGGACCAGAAUAACAAUGAUAACAACAAAGCUUAUAAAAAUUAUGGAAGACAACUGAUUUCCAUGAACACUCUGUACUGGGACCAUCGACGUGCACUGACUACUGGCAACAGUCAUGAAUCCAAAGCAUGCAGAGAAUUGCUGACUGAUACAUUUGGAAAUGGAGACGUGGUUAAAGCACUGAAGAUGUCACUAAUAAUGGCCCACCCAGUAUCCUCGGACUACAUACGCGCCGAACUGGCUAAAGUCUCCUCAGGUCCAGACAACAACACACCAAAGAGUCAGGUCAAAGGUGGAACUGAUCAAUCUAAGAAAAUGGCGUCCGGACUUACACCAGACAAUACUAACAAAUACUACAAAGAUGGAUUUAAGAAUACUAUAAAGGUAUACAAGGAGAUGAAAGUGAUUGACCAAAACCAAGAAACUCGUCUGAUGGCCUGGGUGGAAGAUGAUAAAUAUCUGUGGGGGAAAAAUGUAGAUAUAAUAAUUACGUUUUGCGACUACAAGCUCAGUCAGAACUCCCAGGCCCGCACAAAGAAGAGGAAUUCGUCAAGAAGUAAAGUAUUGGGUGAAUCUGUGCCAAAUCAAUCAGGUGUACCCGAUGAUCAGGUGUUGCAUACUGAAAUUUUAGAUAAAAAUAAAAUACAUAAGUUUGCAGAAAGAGAUGUUGACUAAUUAAUCCAAAUAUUUAGCGCUAAGAUAACUAGUAGCUUAAAGUGUUUUUUUUUUUUUAAAAAAAAAAACAUAAUUGAGUCUGUUGUUCAAAGAGAGAGUGAGUUAUAUAUAUAAAAUCAAUAUUUAAUAAUUCUAGAUUUCUAUUGCUUAGCUGGAGAAUGUUAAAAGGUUAUAAAAUAAAUUAAUCUCUGUGUAUGAUGAAUAUCUAACCUCCUGCCUGCACCAUUAUUACUUUAUAUUAUUAGAAAUCUACACAGAAAUCAAACCAAUAAUCAUGUCCUAAUUUUGUACAAACAUUACAUGUCCUUAAUAAAACUGAGAUGAAGUGACCAUGUAUUAAAAAGCAAACACAAUGUAUGAUAAAAU